AGUUUAAAUUUUUGGGACAAGUACCUGCUACUUGUUCCUGACAAAACGCUUCGUGUAAACUGUUCGUGGGAUAAGUCCCUGCGACCAGUUCCUUUGUGUAAACUCUUCAGGGGACUAGUCGCAGGGACUAUUCCUUUUGUGUGCACCGACCUUAUUCCAACAUAAGCUAACAUGCAGCAUAUACUAAAACUUGGACAAUGGAUGAUGGACUCUGAACGAUGGCAGAUGGGUGUCGCAAAGUGAUUAAUAAUUUGCGUGACACAACUGCAAUAUAAAAUAGACAGCUUGUUACAGAUUCUGUGACUAGGAAGUCACAAAGUGAUUAAUUGCUUACCAUGGUAUAGUCCAUUGUCCAUUGAUUCAACAACCAACGCAUUCAUAUGCACCCAAACCAUCGGCAACAGGUCCAGUGUGCCUGAAGAAAACUCCAGCAAGGAACCCAUCAUGAUCACCAUUCUGUUUAAAAACCGACGAUUGGCUGACAACACAAGGAGUCAGCUACAGUCCUUGAGCUGCAAAAUUGGCAUGUGCAUACAACCAGUGUUCACAAGCUGAAAAAUCGGAGACUUUCAAAAACCAGGGAACAGAAACCAAAAACACUGAACAAUGCGUUGUGUACCAUUGUAAAUGUGGUCUGUGUGAUAUGGACUAUGUUGGAUACACCAGCCGACACUUACAUCAACCUAUUGUUGAACACAGUACCCUAAAUUCGUCGAUUCAAAAGCACAUGUUUAACAUGCACAGAAUCUCAAAAGCGGUUUUAAUUAAUAACUUUUUAGUGUUGAAAAAUGCCACAACAAAUUUGAUUGUCUUAUCCACGAAACAUUAAUUAUUCAAGAUCUCAAGCCAACUUUGAACGUGCAAACUGACUCUAUCCGCGCAGAACUAUUUACAUACUGUAAUGUCUAUUAUACUACAGUCGAGCCUCUCUAAUACGGACACCAAAGGGAUAGAGCGAAGUGUCCGUAUAAGCUAGAGAGGUGUCCGUAUUCAGGAGAGGCCACUAUGAUGUCACUUUAAGUCUCCACUGACAGUUUAGAGUGUUUAGUAACUAAAAUCAGGCUUAAAAGUGACUUGUUCUGGUACUGGUAUUGCUGAAUGAUAAAGUGUCAAUAUUUGUGUAACUGCCGACAGAAAAUGGUACACACUGCAAAUUAUCGACUCUGGGUCCCCGGAGUGUUUAUAAUAAAGAGGUUAAUUUUGCAUAAAUGUGCUCCUUAGGGCCGAGAUUUAGUGUCUGUCGUCCGUUUUAGAGAGGGUCCAUAUUGUAGAGGUUUUUUUUGAGGAAAUGUAUGAGGAUUUUGUCAGUACAUAGGAAACUAUCCGUAUGGAGAGGUUCGACUGUAGUCCCAUUAAUUUAUAUUAACUUCGCAAUAAAACUGUCAUUUUUACCUUGAUAAGGACGUCAGCAACAUUGAAACAUUUUAAUAUGGAACAUAACUUACAGUCUUUUUUUGUUUUUAGUGACUUCAUAAUUCUUCCAGGUUUUAUCGAUUUCAGUGCUGAUGAAGUGGACUUGACUUCAGCUUUGACUAAAAAGAUCACUUUAAAGACACCACUUGUCAGUUCUCCAAUGGACACUGUCACAGAAUCAUCCAUGGCGAUAGCAAUGGCUCUGAAUGGUGGAAUUGGUAUCAUCCAUCAUAAUUGCUCAGUGGAGUUCCAAGCUAAUGAAGUCAGGAAAGUCAAGAAGUUUGAACAGGGUUUCAUUCUGGACCCACUGGUUCUGAGUCCAGAGAACUGUGUUGGUGAUGUGGUGGCUGCAAAGUCCAAACAUGGCUUCUCUGGGAUACCCAUUACAGAAAAUGGCCGGAUGGGAGGGAUUUUAGUGGGCAUUGUUACAUCACGGGACAUUGACUUUGCACAUGAACCUGAUAUGUCCAGGCCCAUCAAGGAGGUGAUGACUUGUCGUGAUGACCUGGUUGUUGCUAAAGAUGGCGUGACACUUCAAGAGGCCAAUAGCAUUUUACAAAGGAGCAAGAAAGGAAAGCUUCCCAUUGUUAAUGAAAAGGGAGAGUUAGUUUCGUUGAUUGCAAGGACAGACCUCAAGAAGAAUAGGAAUUUCCCCCUGGCCUCUAAAGAUGCUAACAAACAGCUCUUAGUGGGUGCUGCUAUAGGUACACGAGAAGAUGACAAGCAGAGACUAGAGGCAUUAGUUCAGGGUGGAUUGGAUGUUGUAGUCAUUGACUCUUCUCAAGGAAAUUCAAUCUUCCAGUUGGAUCUGAUCAGAUUCAUAAAGGAGAGGUACCCAGAUCUUCAAGUUAUUGGCGGUAACGUUGUAACUGCAGCACAAGCAAAGAAUCUCAUUGAUGCUGGAGUUGAUGGACUCAGGGUUGGCAUGGGGAGUGGCUCUAUCUGCAUCACUCAGGAGGUGAUGGCUGUCGGCCGACCACAAGGCACUGCUGUGUUCAAGGUAGCAGAGUAUGCCAGACGGUUUGGAGUGCCUGUUAUUGCUGAUGGUGGUAUUCAGGAUGUGGGGCACAUCUCAAAGGCUCUUAGUCUGGGAGCUUCAACCGUCAUGAUGGGAUCGUUGUUAGCUGGGACCACUGAGGCUCCGGGAGAGUACUUCUUUGCUGAUGGUGUGAGGCUAAAAAAAUACAGAGGAAUGGGAUCAUUAAGUGCCAUGGAGAAUAAAGGUGGAGCACAGAGAUAUUUCAGUGAACAUGAUAAAGUUAAAGUUGCUCAAGGAGUAUCAGGAUCUGUAGCAGACAAAGGCUCUAUUCACAGAUUUUCACCGUACCUUUGUACUGGGGUUCAACAUAGCUGCCAGGACUUGGGAGCAAAGAGUCUAACUCAACUGAGAUCUAUGAUGUAUUCUGGUGAGCUCAAAUUUGAGAAGAGGUCAACCUCAGCACAGAUUGAAGGAGGCGUUCAUGGACUGCACUCGUAUGAGAAGAGGCUGUUCUGAACUACAAAAUAGGAACACCACUUAUAUCAAUAUAUAUUACCCCAGACAAGAAGUAUCAUGUUGAUUUAAGAUUUGUAAAUAGCAUACAGUAAAACUGAGAACUUUACAAAUAUAAUAUGGUAUAGUAUUCGAUACCUUGGAGGGAUUUUCAGUGACUUUCAAAGCUUGAAUGCGAUUGCCUUGUAUAAGAUGUGCUUAUAUACCUUGUGUUUAUCUACCCCGACACAAACAAGGGGAUGCAAUUCAUGGUAGAACACACAUAUGGUUUGCUUUUACUUUACUACCGUUUGCGUGCGGUUAGCAUUUAUAUAUUGUGUUUGCUUGCGGUUAGCAUUUAAGGAGUGAAGGGGAAGGCGACUAAAUGUGUCCUACCAUGACUUAUAUACCCAAACAAGUAUCUUAUGCUUUCAAGCCAAACUUUGUGAUUCCCCAUACCUUACUAUUAGAAGAUCCGCAGGGCCAGGUUGUUCAAAUCCCGAUUAAGCUAACCCAGGAUUAGCGAGAAUUUUGAUUUCAGUUUUGUAC